UUUCAAAGCCGGCCUCCGCCACUGAUCCAUCCCAUUACUAUCAAUGAUCAUUAAUGAGAUGGAGGCAAAAUAUGAAAUAGUUCCAUAGCUACGGUCGAUAUUUGAUGAACAUCACGGCUGCUUCGACACUUCAACUGGACCUCCCGCCCUUCAACCUAGCUUAGGAUAGGGUCAGUAACCAUUGGUUCCUGACCUAUGAGUAACUAAAUCUGGACCUUUAGAUAUAAGUGGGUCCAGAAAAUCUAUAUCUAAGGGUUGUCAACUAAAGACAUUUUAUUUUCUCUAGUUUUCUUAAUUGGCUCUUAUCUUCUUCGUUCUAACUCGGAUUUCAAUCUUUUUUUGCACAGAUGGAACGAGUCCGUUGUGCUCUACAAAAUGAGAUCAAUUUUUAAUAUAUUUUGAGAAACUUUUUUUACCAACUACAUACCAUAUGGUAACUUCUUCGUUUUUAAGUCGUUUUUUAAAACGUUUGCUCAGAAGGAACAAGUUCGUCAUGAUCUGUUGAAUCUACAAAUUUCUGGGCGAAAAAAAUACUGGACCAAAAAUUACCAUACUUUACCAUUAUGGUAUGUGGGUGGUAACUUGUAGUAAACAAUGAUGAAAGUCGUAGACAGUUAGUAUACUCCUACUAUCAUGUAUUCAACCUUUUUACCAUAUUGGUAUGUUCAUACCAUUAUUGUAUGCUUUCUUACUAUAUGGUAUUAAAUAGGAGUAUACCAUAUGGUAAUGACUGGUAAAAAUUAUUCAAUUUUUUUUGUACUAAAAAUAUAUCAAAGUGGAUAUCGUUUUAAAGAGCACAUUUAAUCUGAUUUAUCUGUGCAAAAAAAAUUUAAUUUCGACUUAAAACGAGAGAGAAAUCGUCUGUUAAAGAAUAAAAGGGAAAGGAGCACUAAUGUAACAUCAAUAUUCAAAUAUUCAAGUUAGUCCAAAGAUAGGGUUAGGCGAAGAGAGAAAUUGAAAAAGAGCCGCAUUUCGCAAAUAAAAGGGAAUCCGACAUUGUAUAAACUCCAACUCGGAAAUCCUGCUGUGGGUCAAACCGCGAGUGUGUCGCUCUCAUUUUUCUCACCGGGUCCGAAUCAAAAGAGCUCAACUCGCGAUUGACAACCUUGAUCCAAACUCAUCUCAGUAUGAGUCAAAUUAGGUUGAGAUAAUUUUGCUUUUGGGGCGUACUCGUGCCCAACUUUUAAGUUUGAAUUUAAAUUGAAAUAGUCGAUAUUGUCUUUUUUCUGUGUACCGCACCAAAAUAGACACUUUUGAGUAGAAACAAAUACACCGCAUGUAGAUUUUGAAUGGGAGGGUAUAGAAUUAAAGACUGAACAUACAGCAUUCCGAUGAGCUCAAUCACAUUAAAGACGUUGGAUUCAAGACAAAUAGACAAUUCAACUAACAAAUGCCUCUCGCUAAUUAUGACCUAGCUGGAACAGCAUAUCAGAAAAAUGAGCCUAGCUAGCUAGCUAGUUCUGCAGGAAUUAUGGAGCAAACGGUCAGAAAAGACAGAAAAUGAUCCCCCAAAAAGAGUAGACAGUAGAGCGCCUAAUUUAAAUCGUCGUACGUCAGUGUAUACAGAUGUAAGCUUUUUCCCUUGCCAUUGCCGCGUCAACAUCAGAUCACUAAGUAUUCCAAAAGCGGUAGCAUAAUUACUUACGGCUCUAUUAAUCCAUUCCAAAAAAACUCCUACCCUGUCCCCAUAUAUUCCAUUUUCCACUUUCCAGUGACGAACGAUGAGCAACGGCAAACCAUGCUGGGUAAAAGCGUCAUUAACACUUCUCAUCGUCGUUAUAGCCGUUUCCACGACCCUCGCCGCCCUGGCGCUCACCGUCUUCCGCCCAAGGGACCCAGCCUUCACCAUGUACCUCGUCGGCCUGCCCGCCGUCCGGCUGCAGGAUUUACUCCGCGCCAGAAACGUCACCGUCCCGGUCAUCAUCGGCAUCAGAAACGAAAACUACGCCAGCUUUGCAUGGAGGGACUUCACGGCGUCGAUAAGGCUCAACGGGACGGCGGUCGGCGAGGUGACGAUUCGAGGGGACCGCGUCGUUCAACGUACGAAUAUGAUGAACAUCACGGCAGCUCCGACGCUUCAGCUGGAAAAACUGCAGCUCCCGCCCUUCAGCCUGGCGUCGGUUUUAGCUGCGCUGCGCGACGGAGGCUUGAAAUUCACUUGCUCCGUGACGGUGUUGGGGGAGGUUAAGGCAUUCGACGUCGUUUCGGCGCCAGGGGUUCGUGGCUCGGUUUCUAUUGGUUGUGUCGGUUCCUUGCACAUAAACAGUAUCCAUUUAGCAAGGAAGAAGAACGGUGUGUUUGGAGGGCAGGCUUGGUGCUGGACGGCGAAGAAGCAAUUAUUGUUACUUUCCGGCAAGUGAGUAAUCAGCGGCCUGCAGGCGCCAAACUUUGCCUUUUGUUGGUAUCAGGCAUUAUGGCAUCGAUAUCUCUGAUUUGAGAAUAUAUACUUUUCCCUCUCGCAAAUAAUGAAUUUUCAAUGUUUGAAUUGAUUCACCAUCUCUCCACUGACAUUACUAGAGAGCUAACCCAAUAUGGUUUAUAAUGUCAACAAGAGUUGCGCCAAUCAUUCGAGUUGGUAAAUGUUGGAUAAUGAAUUUUACACUAUAUAUCUAUUAGCAUAUUCACUCAAAUGAAAAACAAGUCAACUUAUAAGGACUUCCUUUUGCAUGGUUGCUGGCUUGCUGCGAGCACACUAUGAGUUUCAUAAAGGAGGGUCAUCGUCGGGAUUGGGGGAACUUGCGGUCACAGAAGGUUCUAAUACCAUAUCAAUAACCAAUUGGUACCAAUCAUUUAAGUUGUUAUGAAAGGUUUAAUAAUGAAUCUUAUACUAGUAAACCCCUAACAAAAAAAUAAAGUCACCCAACUCAUUGGAGCUUUCAUUUGCACAUGUAUUGGAUACGAGAAUGUCGUAUGUUUCACAAAUGGAAUCACCAAUAUUCAAACAAAAAUACAUAAUAUAUCUCGGUCACAAAAUGUUCUGAUACCUUGUCAACAAUUAAUUAAUUCAAAUAACUUAGAAUAAUUAAAAAUAUUCAAUAAUAGAUUUUAUAUUGGCCUCUAACCUUAUAGCCUGGAAUCCUCUAUAUUUGCUGCUCGAGCUAGCUAGUAGUCUAGGACUUAAUAGAGGCGGCUGACACUGAGAGACAGACUUCGGGGUUGGGAGGAAUUGAUAUAACAAAACUAUGAACUAUGAAAUUUUAUCGUACAGACGGUUCAACCACGAAAUAUUAGUAUUGGAAGCUAAAUCGGUAAGCAGUAUUUAAUAAUAUUAACAGUUAAAUCAAUUUUAUUAUAAAAUAUCCUAUUGCCGACUUUUUCGGUACGAUCUUCGAUACGAUUUCAAGGGGAACGGAUCAGGUCAGUAACCUUAUGGUGAGUAACCAUGAGUAACCAGCCCACAUCAGCAUGACAUCAGCAUCCUCUCUCUCCUGUAAAGCCUUUAAUUUUUCCCUCUUUAAUCUUUGGCGGACGAUUUCUCACUCAUUUUAAGUCGAAAUUUAAUUUUUUUUGCACAGUUAGAUCAGAUUAAUUGUGCUCUUCAAAAUGAUAUCCACUUUAAUAUAUUUUUCGAACAAAAAAAUUGAGCCAUUUUUUACCAGUAUAUACCAUAUGGUAUUGACUGGUAUUGAAAUAAAAGCAUACCUAUGGUUUGAAAAAAGUACCAUGGUGGUAUGAACAAACCAAGACUGUAGGAUGGUUGAAUACAUGAUAGUAGAAAUAUAUUAAUUUUCAUUUACGACUUUUAACAUUGUAUAUCACAAGAUACCACCCCGUACCAGGGUGGUAUUGUAUGGUAUUGUGUGGUAUUUUUUGGUUAUGUAAUUUGUUCACCCAUAAAUUUGUAGAUCCAAUAGAUCAUGAUCAACUCGUCCCUUCUAUGCAAACGUUUUCAAAAACGAAUUAAAAACGAAUAAGAUACCAUACAAUACCACCCCGUACCAGGGUGGUAUUGUAUGGUAUUGUGUGGUAUUUUUUGGUCCUGUAAUUUGUUCACCCAGAAAUUUGUAGAUCCAAUAGAUCAUGAUGAACUCGUCCCUUCUGUGCAAACGUUUUCAAAAAUGAAUUAAAAAUGAAGAAAAUACCAUAUGGUAUGCAGUUGGUACCGAGAGGCCAGAAUUUUUUGUUCUAAAAAAAUAUUGAAAAUUGAUCUCAUUUUGUAGAGCACGAUGAACUCGUUCCACCUGUGCAAAAAAAAUUAAAAUCCGAGUUAAAACGAAAAAGAUAUGAGCCGAUUAAGAAAGCUAGAGAAAAUAAAAAUGAUCUUUAAUUCUCCAUCCUUAGAUCUGGAUUUUUUAAAUGAAGGUCUAGUUUUGGU